UACAUUUACAUUUAUAUUGUUUGUAUUGGUACUCAAGUUUGGUAUGGUAUUUUGUCUAUGCGGAUUUAUAUUUCUUACUGUAAUUACUGACGAAAAUAUAAACAAUGCAAAUUUUUCACAAAUAAGUUACACAGUAGUUGUGCUCAUCUGUUUACUUACGCAAACGUUUUUCUACUGCUUUGGAGGAGAAUUAAUAACAGAACAUUGCGAUGCAGUAUACUAUACUAUUUGCAAUUUGGAUUGGUAUACAUGGAAAUCGCGCGAAGCGAAAAACCUUAUUCCGUUAAUGUUAUUAACUAAGGAACCCUUUCGUAUUACUGCUGGAAAAGUUCUUCCGCUAACGAUGACCACUUUUUGCAGCCUAUUAAAAACAUCGGCUGGCUACGUAUCUAUCCUACUAGCAAUGCGGAAUUGA